AUGUGGUGGCUCUUAGCUGUGGCAUGUUUCCUCCGUGUCAUUGGGAAUGCUCAUUGUUUGUUUAUGGAUGUCCGUCCUGGCAACCCCAAAGCUCGACUGAGUGUUAGCCAGAUGAUUUCUUACUGGGGCUAUCCCAGUGAAGAGUAUGAAGUUAUAACUCAAGAUGGUUAUAUACUUCAAAUUAACAGAAUUCCGCAUGGAAAAACAAGUGGCUUUCAUUCAGUCAGGAGGCCUGCUGUGUGUCUCCAGCAUGGUCUCCUUGUGACUGCCGGCUGCUGGAUUUCCAACCCGCCAAACAACAGCCUGGGCUUCCUGCUGGCUGAUGCUGGUUAUGAUGUGUGGCUGGGGAACGGCCGGGGAAUAUGGCCCAGGAAACCCCUUUAUUUAUCGCCAGACUCCAGAGAGUUCUGGUCGUUCAGAGGGCAAACGGAAGGGCAGCAAGGAGAGGGGGGACGUGUGAGCAGAGGACCAGAGGGCCGAGGGACAGGGGCGAGAGGGCGGCACUCUCGCCCGCCCUUCCCGAGGCAGAGCUUGUGCUGGGGCCUCCUGUUACAGAAAACCAGGGAAUUCAUUUUUUAUCUCUUUCAUCUAGUUCAUUUUGCCUUUUGUUCCUAUAGUUGUGAUGAGAUGGCCAAAAAUGAUCUUCCAGCCAUUCUUGACCUGAUCAAAAAAGAAACUCAGCAGAAGGAAGUAUAUUUUGUGGGGCACUCUCAAGGCACCACUAUUGCCUUUGAAGGGAUGUCAACCAACCCCAAAGUGGCUGAAAGGAUCAAGAUUAAUUUUGCAUUAGCUCCAAUUUCCAUUCUUAAUGAUCUGCAUGGUCCUACCUUGCUCCUGGCAAAACUCCCUGACACGUUAUUCAAGAUCUUGUUUGGGGAAAAGGAAUUCUUUCCCAAUAGCUUUUUAACCCGCUUCACUGGCCAGGAUCUGUGCAACCGUUCUUCUGUUAAAGAUGUGCGCCAUUUCUUACAGACUCUUCAUUCAAAGAGGUUUGAAGCUUAUGACUGGGGGAGUCCUGCUCUGAAUAUGAAGUAUUAUAAUCAGUCCACUCCUCCGCCUUACGACACUAGCAAAGUGGAAGUGCCAACGGCUAUUUGGUUUGGUGGAAAGGAUUUACUCUCAGGUCCUAAAGAUGUCAAACAGUUGCUGUCUAAACUCCCAAAUGUCAUUCAUCAAAAAUUUAUUCCUCAUUACAAUCAUGUUGAUUUUGUGUGGGGAAAUGAUGCAUAUUCUUAUGUUUACUCUAAAAGAAUUGCUAUACUCAGUCACCAUCUGGAAAAUUCCAAGAGGAUUUAG